UCUCCAGCUCCAAUCCUCUAGGAAAGACUUACUGGAACUGGGCUCCCCAUUGAAAUAACGUGCAACUUCUCAGUAACACCGGGCUAUAAUAAAGCGUAUGAUGAGUAUAAUGAGUAUUCAUCUUUCUUUUACUUUGUUUCGAACGAGUUUUACCGGUCCGUGAAAGUGAAAUUAGACACUGCGUCGCUUACGCAACUUGGGAGAAGUUUAUGCGUGAGUUAGCUUAAGUUGCUAGCUCAAGAAGUCAGGGAGCCGUUUGUUCUCAGUAUGCUGCGGGGUGACUGAAGAGAGGAGAGGACAGGAGAAGAACACUUGUUGGGCUUUUUCUGUGCCCGACAUGAACCUGGCAGCAAGCAAGCCGCUAGGAGAUACAAUCUGCUUCGGUAUGGAUAAAUAGCAAAACAGCUGCUCUGUCUAUGUGGGAAGAGGAACGGUGGAGGAGGAUUUCAGCGACUAUGAGCAGGGCAGAACAGAAGGACAAGGUCUUGUCCCGAAGUGAAGACCCUCUCCAGUGCCUUCAUCAGUCUAAACCUGACCCCCUGAUCAGGAGCAGACCUCUCAGCGACACAUAUCCAUCGCAGAGCCUUGCUGACAGGAGUUCAGUCCCCUACCUGCUGUCCGGGUGUGGUGCCCAGAUACGGCCGGCGGGUGCAGCUCCGCUCUCCGACCAGAGCAGAAUAAAUGGCAUCAAUUCCUCUGCCUGGUCCAACCCUGUGAUAGGUCCAGCUGAAGGAAGGCCUCAUAACUCUAGAAUUAUGAGGCUGCUUUCUAACUCAAGGAAGGGUGUUGUCCCUCCUAGCAGUCCGACUGCCGACAGUCCAAACAAUGAAGACAACAGCAGCUCCCAGCCAUGGACCGGAUUUUCAGGGUUCGGUGUUGUGGACUCCUUUAAAAAGCUGCGGUCAUCUGUGCUGCAAGGAAUUCAGAGCAGAGGGGCAGCAAGCAACAGUGGACAGAAUGUACCUUUACCCAUAAUGGAAAUGCCGAAUGGAUCAGCUGGGAACAGCUCGGAAGCUGACCUAGCUGAUGCAACUAAUCAUUUAAAGACUGCAGACGGAAAUCAUGUAUCAAAUGGAAAUUUAACAGACCAAAUCUCAGCUGAGUUUAAACAGUAUGGCUCAGACAUUGAGGACUAUGAUGAUGAGGAAGCUGACAGUGGUCUCACGCGCAAUUCCCGAUUUUCCAGGAGCAUCAGGAGAGCAUAUGGAGCAGGAAGGAUCAUGUUGCUUGACAUAGAAAACGGAAGAAGAGUAGGUAGCGACAAAAAUGUCGCGACAUGCAGCACACAAAAACCAAAUCACAGGUCAAAGGUUGAUAUCCAAACAGAGACCCAGAAGGAAAACAGUUUUGUGAAGCCUCUGAGCAGACUGAGUAAAAGUGCAGAGAACCUUCAUAUAUUUAAGCUGCCUGCUAGACGUAAAAGCCCAUGUCCCGAACCUCCUUCCCCACAGGAAGACCCUCAGAGGACCACAUUGUCAAACGGGACACCAAACAUUCAAAGGACCUCCAGCACUUCUUCAGUGGAUCUUCGAGGCAGGAGUAGCCCAAUGAAGAACAAGGGGUCAAUGGUCAAGCUAAUUGGCAGCAUGACUGACCUAACCACCCGCCGAAAGCAAGGUCUGCCCCCAAGUCCCACCUCUCCAUCUCUCAUGUCCCCCUUGAGCCGUCUCCACGAUGACUACUCUCGCCGUGUGCCUUGCCUGCCAACCAGUGAGCGACAGCGCCGGCCUGUAGCCAUCACCGCUCAGGUCAACUCCAUCAAGUACACCCCCCUCAUUCAUGCCGCACCUGAAAACAACGCAGGCCUGCAGUCGUAUCAGGGUGUCAUCGACCCACUUUCCUCAGAGCCCAGAGAUUUACCAGACCAGAUUUCAGCUGAUAUCUCUGCUCAGCAUGAGCCGCUGCCUGCUCCAGCAGCAAGUAACUCUAAACAGAUGGUCGAACGUGUUUCACCCCCACUCAGUCAACGAGAGGCAUCGCAACACCAAGGACAACUUGACUUUGAUUUGCUACCAAAUGAGGUGAAAUCACCUGUUCUAGAACAAGGUCCACUUCCCCAAACAGAGGAAGUCUCCACAGCAGCCAGCAGCCCACCUUCUGACCCCUCAACAUGCCUCUCUAAUACACCCGCAUCACCCACACCUCCCACAGACGGAGCCGCAGCUUCCACAGAAACCACUUCGGUGAAGCCCAGACGGAGGAGCGGGCGCCCCAGACCUCGGCCCAUCUCUGACUACGCCCAGCUCGUUUCCAGGAAGCACUGCAUCCCCGAGGAAGUGGCGGAGCCAAACUAUGAGGAAAGGACAUCAGAUACGCGGCUGCAUGUAAAGUGCAGCUCUGACGGGAACGGGAGCAGCCCCGAGAACUGUAGCAAUAACGGGGAUGUUCAGAGACAUCGGCCCGUCUCAGUGAUCGGAGAUGUGGAUUUGUUCCCGGCAGAUACCGAGUUGAAGGAGGAUCGCCUUCCUUCUGUUGCGCUGAGCGUGUUGGAACCAAAAACCCACCCAAUUGUGCAGCAAGCUUCAAUAGAAAAACAGUACUUGCAGCCUUUGUCGCGACCGCCAAUCCCCUCCCACCAGGUACCCCCCUACAGAGGAGUGUCUGCCAGAUUCCGGCCCUGCGCGCUCUCCCAGAGCACCCCGAUCGGACUGGACCGCGUGGGGCGGCGCAAAGUCCACAGAGUGCUCAGCGCUGGUGCGUCUGAGUGUACAGCCACGCUCGAUGACAGCGUGAGCGAGGAGGAGGAGAGCAGCUUCGAUGAGCUCGCUGAUGGCACGCCCUACCUCCAGCCCGGGGUGGAGCUGUCCGUGCUCAACGAGUUGAUAAUCUCGGGCCAUGCCGUGUACGCCGAGGCUCUCUGGGACCAUGUGACCAUGGAGGAGAAGGAGCUGGCCUUCAAGGCUGGAGAUGUUAUCUGCCUCCUGGACGCCUCGCACAAGGACUGGUGGUGGGGCAGGGGGGGCGACAGGGAGGCCUGGUUCCCUUCCAGCUUUGUGAGGGUGCGUGUGAACCAGGAGGACUCGAGCGCUGAGAGUGUGGAGAGUGUGGCGGACCAGGAAGACCCAGCUCCCAGGGACAAACCCAGCACCCAGCACAGGGAGCAGAUGAGAACCAAUGUGGUUCAGGAAAUCAUGAAUACUGAACGCAUUUACAUCAAACACUUAAAAGACAUCUGUGAGGGUUACAUCCGUCAGUGCCGGAAGCACCCCGACAUGUUCACUGAGCUGCAGCUGAAGACGAUUUUCAGCAACAUAGAAGACAUCUACAAAUUCCAGCGGCUGUUCCUCAGAGACCUGGAGAAGAAGUACAACAAGGAAGAGCCACAUCUCAGUGAAAUAGGCUCCUGCUUCCUCAUGCAGGGUGAGGGCUUUUCGAUCUACUCUGAGUACUGUAACACUCAUCCCGCAGCCUGUGCCGAGCUGCAGCGUCUCGUGAAGAUGAGCAAAUAUAAACAUUUCUUUGAGGCCUGUCGCCUCCUCCAGCAAAUGAUCGACAUCUCCAUCGCUGGUUUCUUGCUCACACCUGUCCAGAAGAUCUGUAAAUACCCACUACAGCUGGGGGAGCUGCUCAAGUACACACCCAAAGACCACAGGGACCACACUGGCGUCAAUGAAGCCUAUGAGGCUAUGAAGAAGGUGGCCAGUUUGAUCAAUGAGAGGAAGAGGCGGCUGGAGAGCAUCGACACCAUCGCUCAUUGGCAGGUUGCCAUUUUGCACUGGGAGGGGCCCGACGUGCUGGAACGCAGCUCGGAGCUGAUCCACUCUGGCGAGCUGACCCGAGCCGUCCGGCAGGGUAAGCUGCAGCAGCGUAGCUUCUUCCUGUUCGACCACCAGCUCGUCUACUGCAAAAAGGACGUCCUGCGCAGAGACCUGCUCCACUAUCGAGGGCGUCUGGAUAUGGACGAGAUGGAAGUGGUGGACGUGCCUGAUGGGCGGGACCAGGACCUGGGCCUGACCCUGAAAAAUGCUCUGCGGCUGCGGCACGCCUCCACCUUGGAGCUUGUGUGCGUUCUGUGCUGCAGGAAAGUCCAGGACAAGCAGAGGUGGUUACAGGCCUUUGCCAAGGAGAGACAGAGGGUGAAGGAGGACCAAGAGAUGGGAAUAGACAUCAGUGAAGAACAAAGAAAACAGGCCAUUGUUAAUGCAAGAAGAACAAAACAUGGGAAGAUCAAAACUGGCUAUGCCGACUCCGUCCCACCCCACCAAAACCUGCCGGCCCUUCAGCAGCGCCACAUCACCAUUCCCACCAGCGUACCUCAGCAGCAGGUGUUUUCUCUGGCCGAGCCCCCCAGACGAAAGCCUUACCACCUGCUGUACAGCAUCACACGCAGCGCCUUCUUCAGGAAAUGAGGCUCUUUCAUGGGGUUUUGUCUCCGCUAAACUGUCCCAAAAACUCAAAGAACAUUAUUUUUCUCCAGUUUGUGUCAAGUCUUGUUUUUGUGCCUCUCUGUGUUUUUCAUAACGGUUCUGUUUUUGUUGCUGAGUGCCUAAAAUUUAUCGCAAAAGUGUUAAAAUUCUGUCCGUCCUCUUCUUCUUGUUCGUUUUUCCUAAAAACGCUGCUUACUCAAAAAACACCCAUCCUGUUGUUUUUUUAAAUUCCAGCUCACAGAUAUAUUUUUAAUUAUGACAACGACGUUUUGUCUGCUUUUUAUGUUCAGAAACAUGGCUUUAGUUUGUUUCACAAAGGCUGGGACCUUUUUUUGUUGAGUCUGUCCACUGAGCACGGGAGGAUAAAUUAACUCCUCACAUUCUUAUGAACUGUAAUGCUGUAAAUAAAACUGAUGUACAAACAUA